CUCCUGGACAUGAUGGUCGCAGAGGAGGAGAGCCUGAAGGAGCGUCUCUUGAAGAGCAUUGCCCUGUGUCGGAAGGAGAUUGACGUCCUCUGCAGGGAGCUCCAGCUGGACCCCUUUGAGGCAGAGGAAGAAAGUACCAUUCUGCAGAUGGAGAAGAAUCUGCGGACCCACGUGGAGGUGAUGCUGAAGCAGAAGAGGGACAGGAAGCAGGAGCUGAAAACCCUGCAGGAACGAGAUCGGGACCUGUGUGACAUCCUCUGCACCACCCCCUUCUGCAUCGACAGCAACGCCGUGCCCAGCCUGGAGGACCUGGAUCGCUACAGGUGCCACGUGGCCUCCCUGGUCGCCGAGAAGGAGCAAAGGCGGGAAGCGUUUGUCAGCAGCAAGCGGCAAAUCAUCCUCCUCAUGGAGGAGCUGGACCACACUCCAGACACCAGCUUCGAGCGGGACGUGGUGUGCGAGGACGAGGAAGCUUUCUGUCUGUCCGAGGACAACAUCGCUGCCCUCCAGACCCUGCUGCAGCAGCUGGAGGCCCGGCGGUCCCUGAACGAAGCCGUGUGCGCGGAGCUGCGCUCCCGCAUCGUCGCCCUCUGGGAGAGGCUGCAGGUUCCUGCGGAGGAGAGGGAGUCUUCUGCGGUGCACGCGACCGGGUCCAGAGCCAAAACCAGGAAAGCUCUGCAGUUGGAAGUGGACUGUCUGGAGGAGCUGAAGCUGCAGAACAUGAAAUCCGUGGUCCAGGCAAUCCGGGCAGAGCUGGCUGACUACUGGGACAAGUGCUUCUACAGCCAGGAGCAGAGGGAAGGCUUCAGCCCCUAUUACGAUGAGGACUAUACAGAGACCCUGCUCGAGCUCCACGAUGCUGAGGUGGGGAAGAUGAAGAGCUACUACGAAGCACACAAAGAUCUGUUUGAGGCUGUGCAGAAAUGGGAGGAGAAUUGGAAGCUGUUCCUGGAGCUGGAGAGGAAAGCAACGGACCCCAGUCGCUUCGCCAACCGCGGGGGGAAUCUGCUGAAAGAAGAGAAGCAGCGAGCGAAGCUGCAGAAGACGCUUUCCAAGCUGCAGGAGGAGCUGGAGAGCAGGGUGCAGGCCUGGGAGCAGGAGCACGACGGGGCUUUCCUGGUGAAGGGGCAGCAGUUCAUAGAGUACGUGACGGAGCAGUGGCAGCUGUACCGCCUGGAGAAGGAGAAGGAGAAGCAGGAGCGGCAACUGAAGAAAAGCCGCCAGAUGGAGACGGAGAUGCUGUACGGGAGCACCCCCCGGACACCCAUCAAGCGCCGUGUGCUCGGCCCCCACACGCCUGGCAAAGUAAGGAAG